CAAAGCCGGAAAACGCAGCAGUACUGAGUUGUUGCUUCUUUCCUUCAAGUUGCAGUGUCUAUAUUUCCUUACAACGUCGACAUCAUAAUAAUGGCUGAUGCUGCUUCAGGCUCCGUGGAUAGGUCUGUCCAAGUCAAGCUGGUUCUUCUCGGUGAGGCCGCUGUUGGCAAAUCUUCGGUAGUCCUCCGUUUUGUCUCGAACGAAUUCCAAGCAAACAAGGAGCCCACCAUUGGUGCAGCAUUCUUGACUCAGAAAUGCCGCCUCGAAGACCGCGUCCUGCGAUACGAGAUUUGGGAUACUGCUGGCCAGGAACGUUUCCACUCUCUCGCUCCCAUGUAUUAUCGUAAUGCUCAAGCCGCAGUGGUCGUAUACGACGUGACGAAAGCAACGAGUUUAGAGAAGGCGAAGUCAUGGGUAAAGGAACUUCAAAGACAGGCAAAUCCCAACAUCGUUAUCGCACUGGCUGGCAACAAAAUUGAUCUCGUACAAACAUCUGCUAUGUUAUCUGGGUCCACUCCGUCAUCCGAGUCUGAAGAUGAGGCGGAUGAUGCUACAGCCACGCCUGGGGAGAGUCCUAGCGCUAGUGGUAGCGAGCCAGAGAGUUUGCGACAGGUGCCACGUGAGGAGGCUCAGGCUUACGCUACUGAGGCUGGCUUGUUGUUCUUUGAAACCAGUGCUAAGACUGGCGAGGGUAUUGUCGAGAUAUUUACAGAAAUAGCGAAGAAAAUACCGAUCGAGCACAUUCUGGCUUCCACACGAGGUGGUGCAGGUCGCGUCUCGUUUCUAUUUGCACACCUAUUAUUCCUCUCUCUUUGCCAUCUACGCGGCUACCGUUGCCUUGGUCUUCAUAUGUAAUCUGCUUUUUUAAUCCAUCUGCAACACAAACAUUGGACUUGGUACGGUUCGAAGCUAACUUAUAAAUACAGUUGC